CCAGCUUUUGUGAGGACUCCCCCAUAAUCCCUGGUUAGGGUCUAGAAACUCCUUGACAGACCCCUUUAUUGAUCCCCCACCCCUCGGCCUCUGCCUCGCCCCUUGGCCCCCCUUGCCGUUCCCCUGAGCCUCCGAGGAGGGGGCUUGGGGGGUGUGCUCCGAUGGCCUCCCGCCCCCCGUGGCCCUGCAGCCCCUGUGGGUCAGGGGGGACGCCUGGAAAGCCGCGCCCGGGAUGGGCAACCGCACGUGGGACGGCUGCCACGUGGACUCGCGCGUGGACCACCUCUUUCCCCCGUCCCUCUACAUCUUUGUCAUCGGCGUGGGGCUGCCCACCAACUGCCUGGCACUGUGGGCGGCCUACCGCCAGGUGCGCCAACGCAACGAGCUGGGCGUCUAUCUGAUGAACCUGAGCGUCGCCGACCUCCUCUACAUCUGCACACUGCCGCUCUGGGUCGACUACUUCCUGCACCACGACAACUGGAUCCACGGCCCCAGCUCCUGCAAGCUCUUCGGCUUCGUCUUCUACACCAACAUCUAUAUCAGCAUCGCUUUCCUUUGCUGCAUCUCCGUGGACCGCUACCUGGCCGUGGCCCACCCGCUGCGCUUUGCGCGCCUGCGCCGCGUUAAGACAGCCGUGGCCGUGAGCUCCGUGGUCUGGGCCACAGAGCUGGGCGCCAACUCGGCGCCCCUGUUCCAUGACGAGCUCUUCCGCGACCGCUACAACCACACCUUCUGCUUCGAGAAGUUCCCUAUGGAAGGCUGGGUGGCCUGGAUGAAUCUCUACCGCGUCUUCGCCGGCUUCCUCUUCCCGUGGGCGCUCAUGCUGCUCUCCUACCGCGGCAUCCUGCGGGCCGUGCGGGCCAGCGUGUCCACCGAGCGCCGGGAGAAGGUCCGGAUCAAGCGGCUGGCGCUGGGCCUCAUCGCCAUCGUGCUGGUCUGCUUUGCGCCCUACCACGUCCUGCUGCUCUUGCGCAGCGCUGUCUACCUGGGCCGCCCCUGGGACUGUGGCUUCGAGGAGCGCGUCUUCGCCGCCUAUCACAGCUCGCUGGCUUUCACCAGCCUCAACUGUGUCGCUGACCCCAUCCUCUACUGCCUGGUCAACGAGGGUGCCCGAGGCGACGUGGCCCAGGCGCUACACGACCUGUUGCGAUUCCUGGCCAGUGACAAGCCCCAGGAGAUGGCCACGGCUUCUCUCACCCUGGAGACCCCACUCACCUCCAAGAGGAAGGGCAGCGCGGCAGGAGCAGCGGCGGCUGGCUGGGUUGCCACACCACCCACCCCCGGGGAGCAGGUGCAGCUGAAGAUGCUAGCGCCACCGCUGCUGCCCAAGUGAACUGCACCUGGGGCAAAUCAGCCUCCCUUACUCCACCACCAACACCAUCACCCCUGACCCUCCCUGCCUGCUGAUGCAAAUUGUAUGUAAAUAAGACGGUGUGCAUAUUCAUAAGAACGCCAGGAGAACGGGUUGGUAUGCUACUGGUCAACUGGCUUCUUCCACCAAGGCCAGCCCACAGCCCUGGGCCUGUCCCACAGGAGCUGCAGGGCCCCGGUUAGGGUCUGGGUGGGAGUGGUGGUGGUGGUGGGUUCCCCGGAAGAGGCUAACAGGAAAUUGACCCAAACACCAAAGUCCAUGUGAUUGCCAGGAGAUAAAGACCAAGGGAGGACAAAGUCCCCACAAGGGGCCGCAAAUCUGUGCCGUCCAGGGAGAGGGGGCUGCAGAGCGCUGAAGGCGGUCGUCCCAGGGAGAAGCCAGACUUGGUUUUCUGGCAGCAGCUCCAAUCCAUGUUGCAGCUCGAGACAGCCCAGGCUGCGCCCCUGCCUACGUGGGAAAGCACCGCCCCCCUUCCCCGGCCCCUGAGCAGUGACGGUUGCCUAUCGGUUGAUUACAGAGACCAGUGGGUGACUGCCGAGUUGUGGUGUGUGUCAAGCUCUGCUGCCCUCUCUUUGGGAGGGACCAGGAUGAAAGGAGGGGAGCCUGGGUUUAGAUAAUCCAGGCAGACUGCCUGGAGGAGGGGUGAGCAGGGCAGCCCCCACUCCCCCCACUGAAGGAAACAAAACCAAGUGGAUUGACAAUUCCAUGAAGGGCAAGGGUGGUGCUGGGGACCCUGGGUGCUGGGCCUGCCCUCUGUGGCUCAGGA